GUUGAAGUUUUUGCAAAUACUGCUAAGCCAAAUAAUGCUGCUGUUGAAAGCAGUUGUGUUUGCUAUUUUUCCUUUGAAUUGAAAGAAACGCAUCAACUAAUGAGUUUGGUAAUAACCAAGGAUAUUGUUUGUCGCCAACCACAUGUAUCUCGCCAAUCAUGCAAAUCUCGGGUUGGGCCCGUAGGUCCAGUCACGAGGUGCCACCGGUAGGCCCAUUUUCAUUGGGCUUAAUCCGUUUAGAUUCAUCGUCCCGUCGCCGCGGUGGCUGCCGACGGUUCCCCUUUAGCGUCAUAGUUACAGAAAGUUUUACAGCAGCACACGAGACCGCAAUGCCGCUCUCAACCUCGCCGGUAAAUCACCACAAAAAGGGAAAGGAGGAUGUCGUUAGAGUCGCUGUCCCUACCUCAUCCGAACGCCCUGCAAAGGUAAUCUGAAAUCCGAAUUCUUCUCGACGUUUUCGGUUCGAUUUUUCAGCUGUUUAAUGGUGGCAGGGAGUGGAGCUGGAAGAAACCCAGUUCCCAAAAUCUCGAAACUUCCACUGGGUCGUUCCAAAAUCAACUCUUUAGCUGUGAGGAUGAGCUCGGGUACUUCUAAUGGCGAGAUACUGGGAUAGGGAAGAAGAACCCACAUGGGAUAGAGAGAACGAUGGCGUGAUCAUCGUCGACCAUGGGUCGCGGAGGAAAGAAUCUAAUCUCAUGCUAAGUAAGCUGUGAUUGACUUCUUCCGCUAGCUCAGGGGAUUCAUAAUUGAUUUUUUGACAUCGACUUAUAAUCUCUAAUCUCCAAUCUCCAUUACUUGUGUGUGAUUUCAUAUGAGUUCGUUGCUAUGUUCAAGGAUAAAACAGGAUACGCAAUUGUGGAGCCGGCUCACAUGGAGCUGGCGGAUCCAUUGAUCAAAGACGCGUUUGACAUUUGCGUUCAACAAGGUGCGAAGCAUGUUGUUGUCAACCCAUUCUUCCUUUUCCCAGGACGCCAUUGGCACCAGGACGUUCCUUCAUUAACUGUUGAAGCUGCAAAAGGACACCCUAGUGUAUCAUAUCUCGUAACUGCACCUCUUGGCUUGCAUGAGAUGCUGCUGGAUGUGGUGAAUGAUAGGAUCAAUUGCUGUUUGAGUCAUGUAGCCGGAGAUGUCAAGGAAUGUGAAGUUUGUGUCGGUUCAAACAAAUGCAAGUUCACUAGCCAAUGAGUAGGAAUGGCAUAUUGACUCACAGUACUCGAAGGUUUUCAACUAGCUCAUUUGUAUAGUCCACUCCUGAGGGAAAACUAGAACAUAUUGUAUAAGCUUUAGCAGGUUUACAUGCUCAACCUCUGAUGGGUCUAUGCUGUAUUUAUGUACACAGUCAUGAGCAAUAAAGUUCCUAUCUUUAU